ACUAAAUAUUUACACUACAUACACUAUGGCGAACAGAAAAACAAUUAAAAAAUAGAGUCAUACGUUUUUCGCAAAGCGUCUACGCGUUGGUACACCUCACUAAAACGCAGCAACAUUUCAUUUAUGUCCCUGAGUAGAAUAGCAAUGUAUGUACGGGACCAGGAAGUGACGUCACAGCGAAUGGUAGACGAGGGUUUAGUCACGUGGGUACGUGUGGGCCAAUGGUAUUGUAGAUGGCGGACAUGUUGUGACGUAUGUCGGGGCUGGUAUCAUGUGGGUGUGUGUUAGAUAAAUAGCAUAAAGAUGGCGUGCAUUUUGUAACAUAUGUAUAAGAGAUGGCGCCUCUGGGAUGGUUGUAUGCUAUGAGGACGUAAUGCUGUUUGUCUACCUGAUCGGCGGUGCGUAGGGGUCGGUUGGUGACGUGAGGGGGGGGGUUGACUUGUUUGCUUGCGGGGGUUUACAAUGUAUAAGAGGUGGAGGAGGAAAAUAACUCUACAAAUAGCGUUAAUUGUUUAUUUCAACAUGAUGCGUAUUUAGAUCUAGGAACGAAUAAAAUUAGAAGAGCAUGAAGCAAUUUAUUCACCUCGAAUACACUGCAUACAGUGUGGCAUUAUAGGAGCAGGUCCAUCAAUAUGAAUUCGCUGCCACGGUUGGUUCCAAUGUUUUUUACAACGAAUUCGAUUACGUAACUCACGAUCAUUUUGAUAAGCAUUAGGUAACUUGUUCCAAAUCUGCAAUAAGUCCUUAGCGGCUAAUUGUAGUAAUGAAUUCUUUGCUUUCUUGUAAUUGUUUUCUUGUUCCGCUUCCGAUUGUAGUAUAUUAUUAAGGACUUGAUCCAUUUUAAUCUAGAAAAGGGUAUUUGCGUUACUAUAAUAGAAAAUGAUAUAGGUACUAACUUACCUACCAAAUCAAUCGUUGUACAAAGUUGCAUAUGAAACGAUUAGAACUACAAUGAUUCAAAACAUAUGAUAACGGAAAUAUAUAUUUGCGGUUUCCGCUAGUUUGCUAAUAUAGAUAAACAGGAAGAAGAUUAUCCUCAACGUGUUGUUAAAGGUGCGUACACAUGAAUUUAAUACUAUAAGGCGGUGACCAAACUCGCGUAUAAAAGCGGGGCUAUAUUUAUGUUGAAAUUCAUUAGUUGCGAGCGUUCCGUAGUACAAUAGUCAUUAUGGAUGUUCAACAACAGUCGAUGCUAAAACAUGCUGUAGAAGAUUAUUUAUGGAAUGAUGAUGAGACGAAUGCUAACUUUACUUGGAUCGAUAACCCCACGCCGAAGUUAGUUGAAGCGUAUAAUGGAGUAGAAGAUUUAAUAUCAACAUGGUCCAUGUUUCUCGAUUGCACAACUUUACUUGAAGUGGGAAAUUUAUUGAGGAAUUGCUUCGAGCCAGUGGUGCGAAUAUUUUACCUUCCACUUCGAGAAAGUUGUCUGCAUUUUAAUAUUAACGAAUGGCGAGAUAUUUCCGCUAUUAAAACGGAGCAUAUAAUUCGGCUCAUGCUUAAAAAUACCGAUCAGCUGGGGCAUGAAGUUUUCAUAGGACAUUGUAUAAAAAUUGAGUUGACUGAUUGUGAAAAUCAUGAUAGAGGCAUAAGAAUAAGUAAAGGAUCAAAUUCCAUAGUGCUAACCCAAGAAGCGGUAAAUCGUUUCCUCUCCGCUAUAAAUGUGGUACAUCAAAAGUUGGAUUUUCUAAACGAUUAUGCGAUGUACUGGCACUAUGAAGACUUUAUGAGUGAAGUAGCGGAUGCUCUGUGCUCGGAUGGGCUGUACGACGAAGAAAAUAUUUUGGCAAGAGGAAAAUUUUUCUGUCAAAAUCUUAAGUUAUUAAAAAAGUUACUUUCUCGGCAAUGUUUAACAGAUUUUUCUUUUUUGACAGAAAUUAUAAAUAUUCACCCUCAAAGAUUUGUAAACGAUGUAACAGAUAAAAUGCUAAUGAAAAACAAUAAAAGAGCUUGA